AUGGGGGAUUUUCAAAAGGCCUUCCCUCGAGUCUGCCGCCAUGACUUACUUUGUGCAUUGGCAGAUGGGCCUCACGUGAAUGGCCACUGCUUGGGCCUCUUAGGUGACAUCUUAAAGGAGGACCACGUUGUUGUUUGGUAUAGCGGUUUCAGCGACACUAUCGUUACCAGCGGUAUUCCUGAAGGAGGCUGCAUCGGGCCCUUUGGCUAUCCAGUCCUUUUGGACUCUCUGGUUCGCGAAAUCCUUGCUGUUGGUGGUGGUCUCGGUGUUGGUUGGCGCAUACCGCAGUUGUGGCAGGGUCGUGUAUGGUCUGGUCAUGGUAACAGUAACCCUGCACUGGUUUCCAUGCUCAAGGGUAUCCUUCAGCAUGAUGACAAUAGUGUCCUUCUGCCAUCAAAUGACCUCCUUGACAACAACCCGGAUCUCGAGGCCUCUGCUAUUCAGGCUUUGAACGAUUGUGCCACUUUCAAAAUCGCUGCAAAAUUGCAUGCAGACGAUCCGGUGCUCCUUGGUUGCAGCAGGGGGGCCCUUCAACAAAGUCUCAACCUGCUUGCGCGCUGGGCUUUCCGCCACAAAGCUGCCUUCCACGUCGGUGAAAAGAAAACUGUAACCAUGGUUACAGGGAAAAGUGCGGCGGAACUCCAGGCUGCUGAACCUUUAGUGCUCCCUGGACUAGGAUUGCAGCCUGAUCGGUCCUUGGGCUUCAAAACCAGCCACAAGUGGCUCGGCAUCCUGUGGCCUUCGAACCUCCUGCUUGACUCGGCAUUGACAGUACGGGUUGCCAUUGCUCAGAAAUCCUUUGCCAUCUUGGUCGGGUUGGCUCAGCGUGAUAUUCUUCCCUUGCAUCUCAUCUGCUCCAUCUUCUGGGCCAAGGUUUUCGCUUCUGUUUCUGUUGGCCUCUGGAUCAAUGCAACAGCAGAUUCGGCAAAGGAAGUGCUGGACGACCUUCUUGUCUCUUGGGCAAGACAGCUGUUGGGUGCCUCUUGUUGGCAUAAUGCCUCGCUCCUCCUUUCCGAAUUAGGCUGGGAUAUCUCCGGCCACCUUCUUGCUGUGAUGGCCAUGGCCAUGCGAAGAGCCCGGCUGUGGACGCUGCCUUCCGAGGACCUUUACGCUCAAGUUUUUCGGCUAGCUCAUGCAUGGCCAAACUCUUGGGCCUCUCGCAGCUCUGCAAUUUUAUCAAAGCUUCUUAUUCUUGAUUUCCCGGCUUGGCAGCAUCAGGGUGGUAACCUUCAGCAGUAUCGUUUGUACGUUCGGCAACGCUGUCGUGACUUGGGGCUGCCUAGCUGGAGAGAAGUGGCGCAGCGCCACGCCAGGCUGCCGAUGUACUUGGAGGUGCAGCCUCAGCAUAGUGACCUUCUGCAUCUUAUUCCCGCCCUAGCGCUGGGAUGGGAGGACAGACAGGCUGUUCGGUCAUUUUGCAGAUUGCGUGCCGGCAUCAUUCGCCUCACGCAUGUGGAUGGCCGCCUGAGCCGUGCUAGUAUUCAGAACUGCAUUUUUUGCAGCAAACGAAUAAGGACGGGCCUCCCGCACGUCCUCUGCCGAUGUCCCACCUUCCAAGGCUGGUGGCAGCAGUUGGCAACACUUCGGCGUCAAGAAGAUCGGGAGCUUGUGUCCGAAGAAGCGAAGGCAAUACUGGUUUGCCCUCCUUCUUCCUGCUUUUUCGUCUUGGUUCUAAGGUUUGCCAAGGACAUCGACAUCCGAGACAGCGACAUUGCAGCAGACCCAGAGGCCAAGGCGAACAACCAGCUCUACAUCGGAUCUUUCGUGAACGUUACCGAUACGGAGUUUCAGCGCUUCGUAAAUCUCAUCCUGUUGCGGAGCAGUAUAGUUGUCAAAGCGUCCAAAGUGCUGGACGGGCACUUCACCGGCCUCAGCGUGCACCGUGUGGAUUCAGUCGAAAUGAUGAAAACCUUCAGCAUCGGCGUGGUUGUCGGAGAUGGGAAGAGCUCUUUCACUCGCAUCCAUUGGGGGUGUCCUCCUGUGGUUGCAUGGUCCGCAGACCCGGUGAUUGCUCACUUUGGUUCGCUCGAGUUGGCCAAGGAGCUCUGCCAGGCUGCCAACCUCGACCUCAAGACUUGCAUGCAGCCCUACAACACCCUGAGUGGAGGUGAGAAGGCUCGAGCUGAGGCUAUGAAGAUGGCGUCAGGGCUACAAAACUUCGUGCUUCGCCACGGACUACGGAAUGUGGUGUUGGUUUCUGCUUACGCAGACUUCGUGAACACCGCCCUCCGGCCAGACUGGGUGAUGGAGUGCAAUCGGCACCGAUUGCUGACGUUCGAUGUCUCGGGAGCCACCCGAUCGAAUUUACGUAGCCUUCUGGACCCGUUGUUGAGCGCUUAUAGAGAAUUUGCCGAACCCGUUGAUUUGUUGCGUUAUUUCUGA